AUGGUUUCAAGAUUCAUUCACAAGUCAACAAUUGUCAGUGGUUGUACAAGAGGUGGUAGUUCAACCACAAUAAUAUCAUCACCUUCAAAUCAACUAUGUAAACUAUUAAAUCUUAAUAUCAACAACAAUUCAAUUAUAUUAUCUACUACAACCAUAUUGAACAAUGACAAUAAUAAUAGUAAUCAGAUUCGACAUUAUUCAUCAACUACAUCACAAAAAUCAGGUGGUGGGGGAACUACAGCGAGCAACACCAAAGUUGCAAAAUCCAAAUCGAUUGAAGAUGUAUAUCAGAAGAAGACACCCACUGAGCAUGUAUUGUUAAGACCCGACAGUUACAUCGGAACCAUUCAAACCAUUGAAGAUGAUAUGUGGAUGCUUUCUAAAUCAAUUUUUGGUAGUACAAAGAAUGAUAGUCAAUCUACAUCGUCAAAGAAGUUAAAGUCAACAGAUUCUACAGCAACAGUAGCAACAGUGGAUCCUUUGUAUAUUCAUUCCGUAAAGGCUAAAUAUAUUCCUGGACUAUUAAAGAUAUUCGAUGAGAUUCUAGUCAAUGCAGCCGAUAAUAAACAAAGAGACAACACGAUGUCCUAUAUCAAGGUGGAACUCGACCCGGUGUCUGGGGUAUUGUCAGUGGAGAAUGAUGGUAAAGGAAUACCGGUGGCAAUGCACAAAACAGAGAAUGUAUACGUACCAGAGAUGGUCAUGGGAAAUCUAAUGAGUGGAUCAAACUUUAACGAUUCCGAGCUGAAAGUAGUUGGUGGUAGAAAUGGUUUCGGUGCCAAACUUACAAACAUCUUUUCAAAACAUUUCAAAGUUGAAACCUAUGAUAAAAGUAAUGGAUUGAGAUAUUCACAGAGUUGGAGUGAUAAUAUGAGUGUUAGACAUGAUCCUAUAAUAGAAAAAGUUAGAUUAUCGAGUGAAUUUACGAGAAUAGAGUUCAAACCGGAUCUCGAGAAAUUCCAUUUGAAGAGUUUGGUUGGUGAAGAUAUUAUUUAUUUGAUGGAGCGUCGUGUCUAUGAUAUUGCAGGUUGCAAUCCAGAUAUCAAAGUGUCGUUAAAUGGUACACCGAUCAAGUACGACUUCCAAUCGUAUGCAAAGCUGUACGAACAUCAUCUCAGCAGAUCACAAGAGAAGAAUCUAUCGAAUCCACAGGAUAAUCUCACAUUUGGACAGAUUGGAGAUCGUUGGAAUAUCGGUAUUGGAACGAGUGACACCGGUCAAUUCACUCAGGUCAGUUUCGUCAAUAGUAUCAACACGUUGAAGGGUGGAUCACAUGUCAAUUUCAUUGCGGACCAAGUCAUUCGCUACAUUGCAGAGCGAAUCAAGAAGAAACAUCCGGAUUUGGAGGUGCGUCCAAUGAAUAUCAAACAUCAUCUCUCGCUGUUUGUCAAUUGUUUGAUUGAGAAUCCAUCGUUUGAUUCUCAGACCAAAGAGACACUCACAACCAAACCAAUCAAUUUCGGAUCCACUCCGGAGGUUCCAGAGAAGAUGUUGGAACAGUUUGUCAAGCAAUCGAAAAUCAUUGAUAAGAUUGCUGGUUGGGUGUUGAUGAGACAACAGGCAGAGUUGGUAUAUCAGUCGUCAACUCGUACCUCGAAAUCUACACUGGCCAAAAGCAUUCCAAAGUUGGACGAUGCCAACUGGGCUGGUGGUCCAAAGAGCAGACAGUGUACACUCAUUAUCACAGAGGGUGACUCUGCCAAAUCGCUUGCCGUUGCAGGUAUGAGCGUGCUCGGUAGAGAUAGAUUCGGUGUGUUCCCACUCCGUGGAAAGCUACUCAAUGUAAGAGAUGUCGCACCCAAACAGCUGCUUUCCAAUGAGGAGAUCAACAAUCUCACAAACAUUCUUGGUCUUUCUCACAAGCGGCGCUACCACGAUGAACAGAGUCUCUCUGAGUUGAGAUACGGAAAGGUGUUGAUUAUGACUGAUCAAGACAACGAUGGUUCACACAUCAAAGGAUUGUUUAUCAACUUUAUUCAUUACUUUUGGCCAGAGUUGUUAAAGGCCGAUUUCCUUGAGGAGUUUGUCACACCCAUUAUCAAGGUAUCGAAAGGUGCCGAUAGAAAGUCAUUCUUCACUAUCAACGACUAUCUCAAAUGGCAACGUUCACUUCCCGAUCAAUCAUUGAAGGGAUGGAAUAUCAAGUACUAUAAAGGUCUGGGUACCAACACCUCAGCAGAAGCCAAAGAAUAUUUUUCGAAUCUAAAGAAGCAUGUCAUCAAAUUCAAGUGGAACGAUGAGUCUGACCAUUUGAUUGGUAUGGCUUUCAACAAAGAUGCAGCAGACAAACGUCAACAAUGGUUGAUGGCAGCCGAUAUGACACAAUCGGUUGACCACUCCAUUAAGGAGCUAUCGUAUUCCGAUUUUAUCAACAAGGAGUUGGUACAUUACAGUUGGGCUGCUAAUCACCGUUCCAUUCCAUCAGUGAUGGACGGAUUGAAACCAGGUCAGCGAAAGAUCCUCUUUGCCUGUUUCAAGAGAAAUUUGACUCAUGAAAUCAAGGUUGCGCAACUCUCUGGUUAUGUUGCUGAACACACUGCCUAUCACCAUGGUGAGCAAUCACUGUCCUCUACCAUAGUAAAAAUGGCACAGGAUUUCGUUGGAAGUAACAACAUUCCAUUGAUUUCACAAGGUGGUCAGUUUGGUACAAGAUUGAUGGGUGGUGACGAUAGCGCAAGUCCUAGAUACAUCUUUACAAAGUUGAACCAAAUUACAAGAUUAAUCUAUAAUGAUUUAGAUGAAGAAUCAUUGAAUUUCUUGGAGGAAGAAGGAGAAUCAAUUCAACCAAGUUAUUAUAUUCCUAUCAUUCCAAUGAUUUUGGUGAAUGGAAGCAGUGGAAUCGGUGUUGGUAUGUCCAACUCUGUGCCAUUGUACUCACCAAUUGAUUUGAUCGAGUAUCUAUUGUUGAAGUUGUCGAAUCAGAGACAAAUGAAGAAAUUGAUCCCAUGGUAUCGUGGAUUCAAAGGAAAUAUUGUGAUUUCUGGAAAAUCAUUCAAGACCAGCGGUCUCAUCAAGAUCACCGGAAGAAAUUCACUCUCGAUCCGAGAGAUUCCAAUUGGAAAAUGGACAUCCGAUUACAAGCAGGUUCUAAAUGAUUUGAUUGAACAAGACAUUAUCAAGUCAUUCACAGAGGAGAAUACAGAGAAUACAGUAAACUUUACCGUUAGCACUACCUAUGAACAAAUGGAGAGGCUGGAGGAGAGCACAGAGAAUGAACUACUCUCUCUCUUCAAGUUGACUUCUUUGGUUCACCCGAAUCUCACACUGUUUGCGCCAGACGGCACCGUAAAGAAGUACGAGUCAGUGGAGGAGAUCGUUGAUGAAUUCUACGGUGUGAGACUGGAUGCCUACGUAAAAAGAAGAGAAAACAUCAUGAAGAAACUUCAACAACAAAUCGAUAAGCACAAAGUCACCAUUAACUUUAUCCAGUUGAUUGCCAGUGGAAAGGUCAAGAUUGGUGGUGUUUCAAAGGAUAAUGUUAUCAAGGAUCUCGAGGCAAAGGGAUUCCACUUGGAAGGAAAUCAACAACCAGAAGAGACUUUCACCUAUUUGUUUAAUCUGCCAAUUCUAGAGAUGACUCAAGAAAAGAUAACAACUCUAACCAAUCUUUACACAAAGAAGACCGAGGAAUUUAAUGCUAUUCAAGCACAGACCGCAGACAAUCUUUGGAAAACAGAUCUUUUGCAACUACGAGAUGCGCUAUUGAAAGACGCUUCCUACAAACGAGAAAAAGAAGUUGUGGAAAUCGCUCCGAAAUCAAGAAAGAGAACUACCAAACAAGAUGAUGUUGAUGAAUAA